UCUCUUUGUCUUCUGGAUUCAGGUGUACCUGCCAGCAGUAGUGCCCAGGUGAGGUGGGCCCAGGAUGGCAGUCGACUGUCAGUCCUGGCAGAGCUGCAGGCUGGACCUGAACAUCUAAAAGCUGAGUUUAGUGGAGGCAAGACUGACCAGGUUAUUCCACGAUGGGAGUAUUUCUGCAGGCUACAGCAUCAAGUCAAAGCCCUGCUGAAAAGAGGCAUAUUAAGCUCUGUACAAGCCAAAGCACAUUACCAGCUAGAAACCGAAAGGCUGGACACAGGCUUGGUCCUUCACAUGGAAGACCAGAGAAUGAUUGACAUCAUUUUUGAUAUUGGCUCAAGAAACAGCACAGCUAUAUUGGUAGUGUCUCUAUGGCAACAGUUAACGCUGCUCCAGGGACUCAUACCCACUUCUUUACAGAUGAACUGCACAGGGGACGCCACUGCAGACCGGCUCUCAGCCCAGUGCUAUGGAAAUGUGGCAGGUCACCCUGUGGAGACUCUCAUGCCUUCACAUACUUCAGCCAACAUCUCCAUCACUCACUCUGGCUGCUCCUCAAAUCUCAGUACCGUUCUCCAGGUUGAGGGGGUACAGAAAGGCAGCCUUGGUCUGCACUUAACUUGUCACCCCCACCUUAGCCUGAAAGCAUCUGUACAACACUCUGUAGAUGCAAUAGAGAUGCUUGGAUUUCCUACCCAUGGGGCAUUAAUCCUGAAUGUUUUAACUGCACAUCUGCCUGGUGUGGAGUUUGGCCUGGAGAUGGGGCGUUGCUAUUUCAGGAGUAAUUUGGGGAAAACCAAGGCUUCACAGGCAGAAAAAGAACAGUCUUCCUACGCUUUAAAUGUGACAAACUACUGUCCUGCUCUACAGGGAACAGUCCUCCCAGUGUCCGUGGCUGUUCAGGGCCUUCUGUCAGUCGUCCCCUGCCACUUUACUAUGACCUCCUCUCUGAGGGCAGAUAACCAGGACCUCUCCGUAGAGCUGAGUCAGUCCUGCAGGCCUCUACAUAUCUCUGGGACCCUGACACACUCCAUCCUUGAGCUGAGGACCCAAGGCGUGCCCCAGAUGAUCACCAUAGAGGCCACUGCUCCUAGAGGCCCUGAGCAGGCUGGGGCCUUGUUAAUUAAAGCUGGGACAUGUUCCAUUAGAGCCAAUAGAGUCACAGGGCCCAAAGGAAGGACACAAUGGCUCUGGGCUCUGGAGUCAAAGUGCCCAGUGUUACAGGCUAAUUUGAAUGGUUCAGUGUGGUGGGACCCUCAGGGUAUCUGGACAGCCACGGUGGACGUCAGUCUGGAGGGCAAUCGGGGUUUCUUGUGGCUCAAUGCAAGGGCCUGGCCAGAUCUGAAUGUGGAGGGUGACCUCACUCACAACCUUCCUGCCUUCAAAAAUGUACCGCAGCACAGCAGACUGAGAGUAACCGGUAGGGCCGGAAAACAUCAAUAUGACACCGAAGCCCUCGUUCAGAUGGAGGAGUGUACUGUCAGAGCCAGCGGAUUUGUGAUGUCACAGCCAGGCCUGCAGGGCACGCUGGUGUAUCACAAUAACUGCACAGUGAUUCAGGAGUGGGGGAGUCCAGACAGAAUGCAGUCCUCCGGAUUGUUGGUUGUGUCCCCAACUCUUGCCGAAUCCCGGGUCUCCAUUGCAAUAGAUGAUACCGAGUUACAGGCGUCAGUUGCUCUUAAGAAAACUACGGAUAAAAAUGAAGCAAUGCUUAGUCUAAACCACUCUGUGCCUUUGUUGAAGAAGCUGGGUCUUCCUGCUAAUGCUGCAGUAACAAUGAAUUCUGGGAGUCAUAGAAAUGGCUCAUACUAUUACCUGUUACACAGCAGUGCAGGAAAUCAAAAGAUAACUCAAGAGAUGGCAGUGUCAAAGAUGUCUGAAGCAGUCAAAAUGAAGAGUCAUUUUAGACACACAGUCAACUAUCUGAAGAAACUGGGAGUCCCUGCAAACAACAGCAUCCAGGUAGAGAUUGGCUCUGCUGAGGGUAAGGCCUUGACCUUACAGUCACAGAUUGGAGGUCAGCAGGCGGGAAUGAGACUUAAGAUGAAAUGUCUCACAAUGACAAAAGAGAUAAGAGCAACCAUGUGGCACAGCUGGUCAUGGCUACAGGACAGAGGACUUCCACUUAAUAUAGAGGGUCUGUGUUCCAUCCAAGGAGUAUUUUCUCAUCUUCAGUCCAGGGCUGAGCUCACUGUGGACCGACACAAGCUGCUCGCCUCUGGCUUGAAUGUCAGUGUGGCUGAUGGGCGUCUGGCCUUGCUGCUCUCCCACUCUCCACCAGCUUCUAAUCAAACAGGGACGCAGCCCAGACAUGUCACUACCCUGACUGCUCAGUUUAAAGGUCCUCUGCGGAGCGCCUCAGUGGACAUUCACUGUCACGACUGGAGAGUCCAAGUGAUGGGGGACAUAGGAGGCUGGGGGGCACAUGGAGGGUCCAAGGAGGCCAGAGUCACACUAAAAAACACCAUACAGGGACAGACUAGCCCUGCCUUACAGGUGGAGGCCUGGGGAAGACUUACUGAGUCCCAGCUGAGAUGCUCCAUAGCUGUGAACCCUGAACUCAGCUCCUCGCUGGCGCUCAUCAUCCAGGGACACCAUCUGCCUCAUAGCAAGGACCUGAUGGUGAAGGUGGUCCAGAAUAUUCCCAGGAUGUUGGUUUACCUGCCUUCUCAGCUCAAUGUCCGCUCCCAGCUCAACCAGUCUCAGUCUAGCGUGGCCAGUCUAGUGGAGGUGUUAUCCGGCAGGAGGAGGCUAUGGGCUCUGGGGGGACUGUCAGUUAUAGAGAGUGGAUACAGACAGACUCUUGAGCUCAAACACUCAUACCCACAGUUGAAGCCGCUCCCCAGGACUGUCGCAGUGAGGACGAUGUAUGAGGCCAGGCACUGGAGCUACCAGGUCCAACAUAGAGCUGUGUGGGGCAAUCAGGAGUUCAGCUUGUCUGGUCUCUACUCCACACCUCCAGCACUGGAGAUGGGGAACCAGACCCUGAAGGUUCAGAUCAACUGCAUUCCCCGUUUGUCUAGUUUUGAGGUGACACUAGAGCGUUCCUUACAGCACCGACUUGACACUGUUUUACUGGGCUGGACAAGGCAUGGCCGACUGGAGCAGGUCCGAGCUCUGAGCUUGUGGAGUCGAUCAGAGGAGGUGAAUGAGACCAAAUUGGAGCUGAAGCAGCCCUUCUCCUCCAUGCUCAGCCAGAUGUCCCUUCACACAGUGUCACACAGCUCAGAGAGGGAACAACGCAGCAGCCACCAAACCCAUCUGUCAUUGGACAGUGCAGCCCCUGUCAACGUCUCCCUCACCCUGAACAGACAUUGGAAGAAUGGCUCCAGCAGGGGGCAGGCAUGUGCUCUGUUCUCAACACAACAGAUGGUAGUGUCUUCUGUUAAAGGUUGUGUGUCAGUGGGUCAGGAUGGAAACACAUAUUCACAACAUGCAGAGCUAAGAUGGGACAACAGGAGCAUCAGCCAAGGCAUGAAGUACCAGAAGGGUCCACGUGGAAUGCACAGCCUUCAGGUUAAUGUUGGCCUGGACAAAGUGUCUCCUGCACCCUGUCCUUCACACACACUGCUGACUAAAAUUCAGACCAACCUCAGGGACCGCUUGGAGCACACAGUGCUGCUGGGCCUCUGCCCCCCUCAACCUACUCUGUCGUGGUCAGGAUCCCAUAGAGUUAACUCAGGGGAGGAGUUGUUUUACACACAGUCUUGCCUGUCGGUGACAGGACGGCCCCACCAAUGCAGCCUUACCUUUGCCCUGACCAACUCCUCUACUGCUCAGGGCACCAACAUGUCUCUGUUCUCUGAGUUACGCUUACCUCCAUUUGCCUGUGCCACGCCAUUACCCUUACGCUAUUACCUCCCAACUCCCAGCCAGCCACGGAUCGGAUAA